GUGCCCCUUGGCCGCCCCGGGGGACGCGGCGUGGCCGCGGCUCGGGCCGGGAGGGGGACCCGCGGCCGCGUCCCCCGGCCCCUCCCGGCCGGACCCCGCAAACUGCGAGCGGAGCACGGCGGCCGCCUCCCGCCUUCCGGGCCCGCCCGCCGGAGCGGAUUCCUGGCCCACCCCCUCCCCCAACACGCUGCUGCCGGUUCCCCGGAGCGACACACACCCCCCCCCCCCCCCCCCUCCGGUCCCCCCAGCUCGGGGGGUUCCCCGCGGCAGGGCCGGCGCCGGUGGGGAAAGGGGCGGCCGGCGAGCGCGGGGCGGGGACGAGGAGGAGGAAGAAGGAGGAGGAGGAAGAGGAGAGCGCGACGCGUGGGACAUGGUUGCGUGCGCCCUCCGCGUUCUCAGCAAAACGCACGGCUGGGAUUUGGUCACUGCUAAACUGGAAUAAAACAGCUGCUUCUUUUGCAGGAUGAAGAUGGUUGGUGCCUUGCUGGCUACGCUCUGGCUGUGCAUGGUCACCCUUGGCCGCAGCUCGGCCUCCCUCCAGCCUGUAGAAGACUCAUUCCUUUUCCCAAGGAGGGCUGUGGAAACAGGACAAUUUCUUACCUUUUUUGCUGCAUUGUCUGUCAUGGAACGCUGCGAUGACUGGGGUGUGGACACCAUGAAGCAGAUCCAGAUUUAUGAUGGGGAACCUGCCAAGAUCAAAUGCCCACUUUUCGAGACCUUCUUGAAGUACAACUACAGCACAGCCCAUUCUGCUGGUUUAACCCUGAUCUGGUACAGGAUUGGGCAGGACCGGGAUCUAGAGGAACCCAUUAAUUUUCGUCUCCCAGACAAUCACAUCAGUAAGGAGAAAGACACCCUUUGGUUCUGGCCUGCUCUUCUCAAUGACACUGGGAAUUAUACGUGCAUGCUCAGAAAUACAACCUAUUGCAGCAAAGUUGCAUUUCCCUUGGAGGUUGUUCCGAAAGACCAACACUCUUGUGUGAGCCAUUCAAUAAAACCCACUGAAGAGAUGUUCUACUUGGAGCACACCAAUGAGAAGAUCGUAUGUCCAAAUAUUGAUGGAUUUUACCCUGCUAGUGUAAAACCAACUGUCAAGUGGUACUUGAACUGCAACUUGGUGGAUGGCUUCUAUGAGAGAUACCCUCAAGGGCCCAGGCUUGUCAUUGGCAUUGUCCGCAGUGCAUAUAAAGGGAAUUACACUUGUAUUGUGACAUUCAAGGACCAUGGAAGAACCUAUAAUCUCACCAGAACCAUAAAGAUGAAGGUGGUGGGAUCUCCAAACAAGGCCUUGCCGCCACAAUUCACCUCUCCAAAUGAGAAAGUUGUCUAUGAACUGGAAGCAGGAGAGGACCUUGUACUGUCCUGUGAGGUCUUCUUCACGUUCCUGAAGGACUCCCGGACUGAGGUGUGGUGGACCAUAGAUGGGAAAAGCACAGAUGACAUUGCAGACCCCAAGAUAAAAGUCACACAAAGUGAAAUUACUAGAGAUUUUGAAGACAAAACUGUCAUAAGGACUCUAACAGUUGCAAAAGCCACACCAGAGGACUUGAAACGGAAUUACACUUGCUAUGCCAGAAAUGCCAAAGGCGAGGACCAUAGCCAGGCCAUAGUGCGCAUAAAAGUUGUAGCACCGAAGUACACCGUGGAGCUGGCCUGUGGACUGGGGGCAACCAUCCUGCUUGUUGUGGUGCUGAUAGUCAUCUAUCAUGUUUAUUGGCUUGAAAUGGUCCUUUUCUAUCGGGCUCAUUUUGGAACAGAUGAAACCAUUCUAGACGGGAAGGAGUACGAUGUGUACGUGUCCUACGCGCGCAAUGCGGAGGAGGAGGAAUUUGUGCUGCUGAUGCUGCGGGGAGUAUUGGAGAAUGAGUUUGGGUACAAGCUGUGUAUCUUCGACAGAGACAGCAUUCCAGGGGGAAUUGUCACAGACGAAACCCUGAGCUUCAUCCAGAAAAGCCGACGUCUGCUUGUUGUCCUAAGCCCCAACUACAUCUUGCAGGGGACACAGGCCCUGCUGGAGCUCAAGGCUGGUCUAGAGAAUAUGGCCUCCAAGGGCAACAUCAAAGUCAUUCUAGUGCAGUACAAAGCCAUCAAGAAGAGCACAGUGAAGGAGCUGAAGCAGGCCAAGGCGGCCUUGACUGUCAUUAAAUGGAAAGGCGAGAAAUCCAAGUUCCCAAAGGGCAGGUUCUGGAAGCAGCUGCAGGUGGAAAUGCCAGUGCAAAAAGUUAACAGGAGCCUUGAUACGCUCAUACGUAUCCCUGAAAAGUGUUUGACACCAUCAGAAAACAAAACAAAACAAACCCCCAAAACCCACAAGUUAGGUCAGGGCAUGGGAAGGAACUCGGGGGUUUUGCCAUGAAGGACUGUCCCCCAAGCAUUUCAGAGGACAGCCAGGCCUCCCCGUAGCUUUUCUGUUGCCCUGGCAGUAGAGAGACCAAAGAUGCAUACACCUCCUCUCUGCAAAUUCAUGUUCUUGUCAUCAACCACACAAGCCCUGGGCUCCAGGUCUAAAUUUGGGCUAUCCAGGUGGGAUGCAGCCAGCAACUUGUGGCUCCUUUCUUCUCCAAAGCAGCUUCACUCCUUCCUGGUCAUUGACCCUUGUUGCAGAGGCUGGGGAACAGUUUGAAAGGUGGCUCCAGUGUAGAGCCUUUCAUACGUGUCCCAGCUAUAUAGUCCUGAUCACUGUGGGAUCACAGAUUUCUGUUUCAGUGUGGGGGAGUGUAGACUCUUGAGGCUCCUCAUCUUUGUUCCCCACAUUUCUCUAGGAGCAGGUAUUCAGAUAGUUUGGCAAUGUGAAAUGGCUGUUACAAAAUAAUUAAAAAAAAAAAGGGGGGGGGGGAGAGCUCUGCUAGGUGAUAUUUGCAUUGUAUUUGCAUUGUAGCAUUUCUAUUAAGUGGUCAGUCUCUGGGACUCUGCAGACUCCUGAGUAUCCCAGAUCCUUCAGGGCUGUAAUGCUUAUAAUCCAGGGGAAAUCUCUCAUUAGUACAGACCACAGAGAGUGUCUGAGAGAUGCUUCUUUGUAGAGUAAACUCAGGGAUUUCAGAAGCACUGCAAGGAACCCCACUUUACUACUGAACCCGCCUACUGUCUCUGUGCUGCUGGCUGGGGGAAAGCAUCAUGCAAGGUGCUGCCAAGGCCUCUGGGAUGACACUGGAUAUAUGUCCAACUCCCCAGGAGACCCUACAAACUUACUUGAACUUAUUAAAAACUACUAGCUCUGUUCAGCUGGGUAAGACUAUGAGGAAAGGGUGAAAGAGUUCAGGUUGUUCAGCCUCGAGAAGGCUCUGGGGAGACCUUAGAGCAGUCUUUCAAUACUUAAAGGGGCCUUAUAAGAAAGAUGAGGACAGACUUCUUAGUAGGUCCUGUUUCAUUAGGACAAGGAUAAUGUUUUCAAACUAAUAGAGUGUAGAUUCAGACUAGAUUUAAGGAAGAAAUUGUUUACAAUGAGGGUGGUGAAACACUGGAACAGGUUAUCCAGAGAUGUGGUAAAUGCCCCAUGUCUGAAAAUAUUCAAGGCCAGGUUGCACGGGGCUCUGAGCAGCCUGAUCUAGUUGGAGAUGUCCCUGGUCAUUGCAGGAGGGUUGGACUAAGUAACUUUUAAAGGUCCCUUCCAACACAAAAUAUUCUAUGAAUUUAUGAAGACUUGGUGUUUUCUGCCUAGAUAUGAACAACAUCACCAUCAGGGCUUAGGCUUAAACUAGCCGUGGCUUUACAAAACAAGUCUCCACCCAUCUUAUUUCCCACCCAGAGCUGCAGGACAGAGGAUAUAUCUCAGCUUCUGCAACCUUUGCACAAAAUGGGAAUAUAAAAAACCACUGAGUACAAGUCCUUAUUUCAGUGGAAGGCAGCUAGCAUGGGAGGGGACCUGCUAUGUUAACCCCCAGCAGACAGGCUUUUCAGACUGAGGGAGGGGAGUGUCCCUUCCCUUGUAGGAUAGACCAAAGCACAGCAGGACCCCAGCAUUGACUGGUACUGUUCACAGUGUUUUCACAUAAAACUACAAGCUCUGGGGAUGUUUCCAUACUCCUGUAGCUCCCGGUGCAAUGGCCAGCCCACUUAAUUGUGGAAUUCAGUAUUACGCACACUAAGUGCAUGCUUAUUUUUUGUUGAUAAUGGUUACUCCAGAGUCACCUGUGACUCAUGCUUUUGCUCUGUAGGUGUCCAGUGGGUGAAGCAUAUCCGUUCAUACUAGCAUUAAAAAAGCACUACAAUUUGGAAUCUAUGCACUAUUCACGCAGCUGAGCAGCAAGGUUUGAGGGUCUCCCAGUAAACAGCCCAGCCUUAAAGGUGUGGGGCUGAAUCCUGGCACUGGUGAAGCCCUUUGCUCUUAGCAUCUUAUGAUUAAUAAUGUUAUUGCCUGGCAGUGGGGAGCCACAGGCACCUGUGCUGUUGGGCAGGUACUGUGCGAGUGUGGAACAAAUAGGUCUUCUUUCUCACCUUCAUCUUCAUCCUUCCUAUCCCAAGUAAGCUUUGUUUUAAGCAAAUAAAAUUGCAGUCAGCUUCACUGAAGGCAGUGGAGCUCCUUAUCUGCUCAGAGGUGCUUAAAAGCCUUGCUGUUACGAGCUUUUCUACUCCGGUUCUCUGUGGAGGGACAGAGUUGCUUCCCACACUCCAGGAAGCUUCAUUUCUAAGAGAUAGCACCCAAAACCAUGCUCAGCUUUGUGAACCCCUUGCAACCACGACAUUUUGCCUUUUGUUUGUGUUUUCAGCAUCUCUGUAAUUGGCUGACAGAUCUGCAGGCAGAGAGAAGGCCCUGGGGCCAAAGCAGAAAUGUGUUAUAUUCCAAUUUGAUUUUUUAAAAAUUGACUCAAAAAUAACUAUAAAUUAGUUAACAUUGCAGGCCUCACCAUAUCACAUCUCACUUUUGGCUGAAGUACCAAGAAAACUUCUGCUGAUAUUUUAAUAAGUCUGAUUAUUUUAGGAAGUAAAAUACACCUCAUUUAUUUUGCUGAUUUUAUUCAAAGAGUUUUCCAAAUAAAUCAGAGACACCCCAGAACAGGAUUACUGAGAGACAUCAGCAGAGCACCUGCAAGGCAAGAAGUGAGAUGGGCUGGAAGGGGACUAGGAAGUCCAGAGGGAGGGAAUAGUGCUGGAGCAGACUUUGCUCCUCUGGGAGCUUUGCCACUGGCUUUGCUGGGAGCUCUCAGGCCAGGAGUGAAGCCCAGUCCCAGCUGUAAUGCAGAUCUGCAAAGCACCUCAAAUAUGCCUGCCACUUCAUCCUAUGCCAUGUGUGGUGUCCAUUGUGGGAUUCUGUCACAGCAUCUGCAUAGUUCAGUUGAUUCAUUUGAGUUUCUGUGCUCUAGCCUAACAUUUAUCAAUAUGCAGCUCAUAUAAAACUCCUCAUUGUUAUUUCAUGGGGAAACAGCACGGCACAAAUUGGAAAAAAUAUCUUCCCCCUUGUGCCAUUUGAUGUCGUACAGCAGUUCCAGAGUUUUCCCUUCUCUUUCCUGUAUGUUUUUGCCUUUGUGUUAUUUGGUCUGUGAAGUGUCAGUAUUAUUUUAUUUUGCUUUUCAAUAAAACAUUUUCACUUUUGCA